GCGGCGCUGGCGGCAGCUGUUCUCGCUGCACUCGCUCCCGCGCGCUGCCCUUCCGCGGCCGGUGGGCUCCGCAGUCCCCCGCCGGCCGCUGCCCUGUCCGGGGGCGGCCCCCAGUCUCCAUCGCCCCUCCGCGGGUCCGCGUGGACCAUCCGGGGGCUCCCCUGCGGAGCUGGCUCGGGCACCCAACUUUGCCUCCUCGCCUGUCGCCCCCUCUGGGAGCGAACCUGCUCAGCCCCGGACAGACCCGGCCACGCGCCGGAGGACGGCGACCUCAUCCCGGAGUGCAGCAAGUGAGGGGCAGCUGCUGCCUCGACUUCCCUCGCGGGCGCCGGAGAGAACCCUCAGACCGUUCUGGUGCUGCAGGCGCUGGGUGAUCGGCACGAGGAGAGCGCAUCGCACCUGUGUUGGUGUGUGAGAGUUGGGCUUGAGUGCGCAAAUGGCUGUGAACCCUUAGCGUGAUACAUGAUCGAAGGAACACUUCACCCUUUUCCUCCUUGGUGCUUUCCCCACAUGACGGGGAGACGAGCUUCUGGUUAGAAGACACGUGUCCAGACUCAGAGGCUCCUGUCCACCAUGAAGGGAACCUGCGUCAUUGCAUGGCUGUUCUCAAGCCUGGGCUGGUGGAGACUCGCCCAGCCGGAAACAGGGGCCUCUCAGUGCCAGAGAGCCGAGCACCCGGUCGUUUCCUAUAAAGAAAUUGGCCCCUGGUUACGCGAGUUCAGAGCGAAGAAUGCUGUGGAUUUCUCGCAGUUAACAUUUGACCCAGGACAGAAAGAACUUGUUGUAGGAGCAAGAAACUACCUCUUCAGGUUACAGCUUGAGGAUUUAUCUCUGAUCCAGGCUGUGGAGUGGGAGUGUGAUGAAGCCACCAAGAAGGCCUGUUACAGUAAGGGCAAAUCGAAGGAGGAAUGUCAGAACUACAUCCGGGUGCUUCUGGUGGGUGGUGACCGGUUAUUUACCUGUGGGACCAAUGCUUUCACACCAGUUUGCACCAACCGCACGCUGAGUAACCUGACGGAGAUCCAUGAUCAGAUCAGCGGCAUGGCCCGCUGCCCUUACAGUCCCCAGCACAACUCCACGGCCCUCCUCACAGCCGGCGGGGAGCUGUACGCUGCGACGGCCAUGGACUUCCCGGGGCGCGACCCUGCCAUCUACCGAAGCCUGGGCAUCUUACCUCCACUCCGCACUGCCCAGUACAACUCCAAGUGGCUCAACGAACCAAACUUCGUGUCAUCUUAUGACAUCGGGAAUUUCACCUACUUCUUUUUCCGAGAAAAUGCCGUGGAGCACGACUGUGGGAAAACCGUGUUCUCCAGAGCUGCCCGGGUCUGCAAGAAUGACAUUGGGGGGCGCUUCCUGCUGGAGGACACCUGGACCACGUUCAUGAAAGCCCGCCUGAACUGCUCCCGCCCCGGCGAGGUCCCCUUUUACUACAAUGAACUUCAGGGCACGUUCUUCCUGCCUGAGCUGGAUUUGAUCUACGGCAUCUUUACCACCAACGUGAACAGCAUCGCAGCCUCUGCUGUGUGUGUCUUCAACCUGAGCGCCAUCUCGCAGGCCUUCAAUGGCCCCUUCAAGUACCAGGAGAACUCCCGCUCUGCCUGGCUGCCGUAUCCCAACCCCAACCCCAACUUCCAGUGCGGCACGGUGGACCAGGGCCUGUACGUGAACCUGACAGAGAGGAACCUGCAGGACGCCCAGAAGUUCCUCCUGAUGCACGAGGUGGUGCAGCCGGUGACCGCAGUGCCGGCCUUCAUGGAGGACAACAGCCGCUUUUCCCACGUGGCCGUGGAUGUGGUGCAGGCCAGGGACGCGCUCAUCCACAUCAUCUACUUGGCCACAGAUUACGGCACCAUUAAGAAAGUGCGGGCGCCCCUGACUGAGACCUCAGGCAGCUGUUUGCUGGAAGAGGUGGAGCUGUUCCCCGAGAGGCGAGGGGAGCCCAUCAGAAGCCUGCAGAUCCUCCACAGCCAGAGUGUCCUGUUUGUGGGCUUGCGGGAGCACGUGGCCAAGAUCCCGCUGAAGAGGUGCCGUUUCCACCGCACGCGCAGCGCCUGCAUCGGGGCCCAGGACCCUUACUGUGGCUGGGAUGUGGCGAUGAAGAAAUGCACCAGCCUGGAGGAGAGCCUGAGCAUGACCCAGUGGGAGCAGACCAUCUCCACCUGUCCCACGAGGAAUCUCACUGUGGAUGGGCACUUCGGUGCAUGGUCCCCGUGGACACCCUGCACGCACACAGAUGGCAGCGCCGUGGGAACCUGCCUGUGUCGCAGCCGCUCCUGUGACAGCCCGGCCCCCCAGUGUGGCGGCUGGUGGUGCGAGGGCCCCCGCAUGGAGAUCGCCAACUGUUCCAGAGCAACUGGUGUCUCAGGACCUGGACUUUUAGAGGGGACUGUCUUUCGCAAUAGGAGGAAGCCCCUGCCUCUACUUACGCCUUAUGACGGGCACGCCCCGCCUUUUGUCUCCCAGGAGUACCAGCCGUGUAACACCAGCCCGUGCCCGGAGCUGAAGAAGACCACGCCCUGGACGCCCUGGACGCCCGUCAACAUCUCCGACAACGGCGGCCACUACGAGCAGCGGUUCCGAUACACGUGCAAAGCCCGCCUGCCGGACCCGAAUUUGCUGGAAGUGGGGAGACAAAGAAUCGAGAUGCGGUACUGUUCUAGCGAUGGCACCAGCAGCUGUUCCACGGAUGGUCUUACUGGUGACUUCCUGCGCGCGGGGAGAUACUCCGCCCACACCGUCAAUGGGGCGUGGUCAGCCUGGACGUCGUGGUCACAGUGCAGCCGCGACUGCAGCAGGGGCAUCCGGAACCGAAAGCGGGUUUGCAACAACCCUGAGCCCAAGUACGGGGGCAUGCCCUGCCUGGGCCCGUCCCUGGAGUACCAGGAAUGCAACAUUUUGCCCUGCCCAGUGGAUGGCAUGUGGUCUUGCUGGUCCCCCUGGUCAAAGUGCUCGGCGACCUGUGGCGGUGGACACUACAUGAGGACCCGCUCCUGCACAAACCCCGCCCCCGCCUACGGAGGUGACAUCUGCCUGGGGCUGCACACAGAGGAGGCACUCUGCAACACGCAGCCCUGCCCCGAAAGCUGGUCGGAGUGGUCAGACUGGUCUCAGUGUGAUGUGACUGGAGCCCAGGUCCGCGCGCGCCAGUGCAUCCUUCUCUUCCCCGUGGGCAGCCAGUGUUCUGGGAACACCACCGAGAGCCGGCCGUGUAGCUUUGACUCCAACUUCAUCCCAGAAGUAUCUGUGGCGAGAUCCAGUAGCGUGGAAGAGAAAAGGUGUGGAGAAUUCAACAUGUUCCACAUGGUCGCCGUGGGGCUGAGCAGCUCCAUCCUGGGCUGCCUCCUUACACUCCUCGUCUACACCUACUGCCAGCGCUACCAGCAGCAGUCCCACGAUGCCACUGUCAUCCAUCCCGUCGCGCCCGCCCCUCUCAACACCAGCAUAACUAACCACAUCAACAAACUGGACAAGUACGACUCGAUGGAGGCCAUCAAGGCAUUUAACAAAAACAACUUGAUCCUAGAGGAAAGAAACAAAUACUUCAACCCGCAUCUCACUGGGAAGACUUACUCGAAUGCCUACUUUACGGAUCUUAAUAACUACGAUGAAUACUAAUAGCGCGUAUAUUUUUGGCUUCUUGUAAUCCCCUCCUUCCUCAAGGCCUGUGCUCCAUGACUGCCCAUGUUUCCAAGACUUCAGAGAUGAAGUUUGGAUACAUUUCAAGUGCAUUUCAAGCCACGAGUACCCCAUUGCUGCCAAAAAUAGACGUCCUUAAAAGCAUCGUGAAUAUGACAUCGUGAAAUUCUGGUCAACAGUACUUGAUCAUUGUUCAAUGAGCCAUAGUGUGGAGUUUUUUG